AGUAUAAGCUCUGUCGACGCGCGCACUCCAAACGUGGCGAAUGCCACACGGAAUUUUCUUUAUUUUUUUUCUCCAGUCUCGAUCUCAUCGCUGAAUCGCAUCCGUCCAAAGAAAAAUUGAAUAUUCAUUUUGCUAUGUUGAUGUGAUAAAUUAUUUAAUUAUUUUUCAUUUGAUUUUUCAUUUAAAUCGCUGGUGGAAAAUCGAGUGCGCGUGUGAUAAAGUUAUCGUUCGAUUAUUGAACAUUUGUUUCGAGAUAUUUCGAUUGUUCGAGGAUUUGUGUGGUGAUACCGCGGGAAACGAGGAGAGGAGCUGGGAGAAUUAAUUACGGAUAUUAAAAUGCUGGUGUUGGGAAUAGUCCUGUGGCUGUCGUCCAUGGUGACACAAUCGUGCACCAGUGCAAUUGGCCCAGAAACCCUGAGUGAUGGAGAACUGGCGAGACAUUACAAUUCUCGUUAUUCGAUAUUUGAUGAGCCAUACGGAAUCGAUUUCAAAUAUCAUAAUUACGAGCAGAUGAGUCGCUUUCUUCGGGCAACAUCGCUGCGCUUUCACAAUCUCACUGCCUUGUAUUCUAUUGGAAAAUCCUUCCAAGGACGAAAUUUGUGGGUGAUGGUGGUAUCGUCUUCACCUUAUGAGCACAUGAUCGGUAAACCUGACGUUAAAUACGUCGCUAAUAUCCAUGGCAAUGAGGCCGUCGGACGAGAGCUCAUGCUCCACCUCAUUCACUUAUUAGUUACGAAAUAUGGAAGUGAUCCGUACAUCACGUGGCUGUUGGACAAUACGAGAAUUCAUAUUCUACCUUCGAUGAAUCCGGAUGGUUUCGAAGUGUCCAAGGAAGGAUUCUGCGAGGGCAGUCAAGGACGAUACAACGCCCGUGGUUUCGACCUCAACCGCAAUUUCCCCGACUACUUCAAGCAAAAUAAUAAGAAGACACAGCUGGAGACAGAGGCUGUGAAGGAAUGGGUGUCGAAAAUACAGUUCGUGAUCUCAGGAAGUUUGCACGGUGGUGCCCUAGUAGCCAGUUAUCCCUUCGACAACACCCCGAAUUCCCUCAUCAAAGUGUUUCAGAGUUAUUCAUCAACUCCCAGCAUAUCCCCAGAUGAUGAUGUAUUCCGUCAUUUGUCAUUGACAUACGCCCAGAAUCAUGGAUCUAUGUAUCGGGGUGAAGCCUGUUCACCCUCUCAACCUGGCUUCAAAGAUGGAAUAACCAAUGGCGCCGAAUGGUAUCCACUCACUGGUGGAAUGCAAGACUUCAAUUACGUCUGGAAUGGAUGCAUGGAAAUUACUUUUGAAUUAUCUUGCUGUAAAUAUCCACCAGCUCAGGACCUGCCACAUUAUUGGGAGGAAAAUCGUGUUUCCCUCAUAAAAUUCCUCGCUGAGGCGCACCGUGGUGUUCAUGGUUUCGUAAUCGAUGAAAAUGGAAAUGCAGUUGAGAGGGCAUCAGUCAAGGUGAAGGGACGGGAUAUCAGUUUUCUCACGACCAAAUACGGUGAAUUCUGGAGGAUUCUAUUGCCUGGAGUCUACAGGCUCGAGGUCUACGCGAGCGGAUACACCCCGAGAGAAGUUGAAUUCAUGGUUGUAGAGGAGCACCCCACCCUCCUGAACGUGACACUCCACGGAACGAAGAGGGUGGAUAAUCACGGAGAUCAUUACGGAAAUGCUGGACCCCCAGGAAGAUAUCCAACUCGUGAUUACACACAUCAUUAUCGUCCUGGUGUCAAUGGGCAUCAGGGAUCGGCUCAGGACAGCAGCAAUGGAAUUUUUUCAUCAAUCAGCACUGGAUUCAAUUCAUUCGUGACCAAUUUGUUUGGCUGAUCGUCAGCUUAUCGACCUGCGGGUGGUGCUGCACUUCUCUUGGUGAUUGUGUCAUUAAUGCGGUAUCUGGGACCAAGGGAACUCCUCGGGGUCGUCAUUUUCAUCGCGAGAAGACACAAGAUGUGAUCCCAAUCGUUUGUGUUCAAGACAAAAUUAUUUAUCUCCAGUGGAAGCUCUCCAGAAUUUUUUUAAAAAUUUAUUUUAGAAAAAUCCUUGGAAAAAUCAAUUGGGAUUUAACAAAAUUUUUUGAUAUUUUUAGAAAUUUUGAGAAUCGAUUAAUGGAUUCAUCACAAUUAAUCAAUUAUUUAAUUAUCAAUCCAAAUUAGUGAAUCAACGGAUUAAUCGGUAAUUUAUGAUUGUUUAAUUCGUUGAUUAAUGGAUUUUUUUUUUUUGGAGUUGAUGAAAAUUGGAAUUUCAAGAGAAUUUAAUGGGAAAAGCUCUUGAUUUUUCCGAGACCCAUAUUUUUCUCGAUCUUCCGAAGAAUUGGGGAAUGAAAAAACGUGAGAUCAGUGAUCGUAAGAAUUUUUCAAUCGAUCUAGGAAUAAUUUUCACUCCCUCGAACGAAAAAUUUUCCAACCAAUAGUUUAAUGUGUAAUUGAUGCGUAAGAAUUAUUUAUUAUCUACUAAUUAAGUACUUAGUGGCACUCGUGGAGGAAUAUAAAAUCACCCCUGACCAUAACGAAAAUGUUAAAUAAACAAUAAUAUUGUUACACAUUGCAGAUGAAUAAUAAAGUUUUAGAGAAAAAAUUGAUUUUAUUUUUAUUUACUAAUUACUCAUUUGUCUUUAUUGAAAUUUUCGGUUAUAUUCGAUACCUAGUGUGUUCAAGUGACAAUUGUUUAUUCGAAUGCCCUUGAGAUAUUAAUAAUUAUAAUACUGCUUACAAAAAAUCGGAAACAUUUUUUAUACUUUGAGUUUUCCUUAUUAUCUGAUUUUCCAGUGGAGAAACAUUUCUGGAUUAUAUUUCACCAAAUAUCCAAAGAAAUCACGACAAAAAUUAUUCCAAUCGAAUUUCCAGAAUAUUAAGUAAUUUUUCAAUAAAAAUAAAUCAAUAUUUUAUU